AUGGCUUGCCAGGGAGACCCGCAGGUCCAGUUCAAGCUCGUUUUAGUUGGAGAUGGAGGCACCGGCAAAACGACCUUCGUGAAACGCCACUUGACUGGUGAAUUCGAGAAGAAAUAUGUUGCAACCUUGGGCGUAGAAGUACAUCCUCUGGUUUUCCACACUAACCGAGGGCCCAUCAAAUUCAAUGUGUGGGACACUGCUGGGCAGGAGAAGUUCGGGGGUCUUCGAGAUGGCUACUACAUACAAGCUCAGUGUGCCAUCAUCAUGUUUGACGUCACAUCAAGAGUCACAUAUAAGAAUGUCCCCAACUGGCAUCGAGAUCUCGUGCGAGUCUGUGAAAACAUCCCCAUAGUGCUGUGUGGCAACAAAGUGGAUAUUAAGGACAGGAAGGUGAAGGCGAAAUCCAUAGUCUUCCACAGGAAGAAGAAUCUCCAGUACUACGAUAUUUCUGCCAAGAGUAACUACAACUUUGAAAAACCCUUCCUGUGGCUUGCAAGAAAGCUAAUUGGUGAUCCCAACUUGGAGUUUGUAGCAAUGCCUGCCCUCGCACCUCCUGAAGUUGUUAUGGACCCAGCAUUGGCAGCACAGUAUGAACAAGAUUUACAGAUUGCCCAAACCACUGCACUGCCAGAUGAAGACGAUGAUCUGUGA